AUGGCCGCCUCCCUCAGCGGCAUCGCGAAGGCUCUGUCCCGUCUCUCGCCUUCCCUUUUACGUCCAUCACGAGUGUAUCAGCGGCCCGUUGGACUCUCUCCGUUUCUAUCUCCAAGUCACCGGCUCUGCACAGCAGCGUCGCUCCAACAGGACCAAGCAGCUCAGGCCGCUGAGGCGCUGCUCCGCUACCAGGACCGGCCGUGGGAUUAUCUGGAGAGUGAAGAGUACAUCGAGAAGUAUGGGAUGGAACCGGUGUGGGCGGGCUACAGGAGGAACCACAAAGGGGGCAUCCCCCCACAGAAGACACGCAAGACUUGCAUUAGAGGAGAGGAGAUCUGUGGGAACCCCUGCCCAGUCUGCCGGGAUCCCAACGUCAUAAUCCACCAUCAGAAUGUGAAAUUGUUGCAGCAGUUUAUCAGCCCCCACACUGGAAUGGUGUACGACCCCACCCGAACCGGUGUGUGUAUGAAACAGCAGAAGAAGCUGCAGCAGGCCGUCGGCACAGCGAGAGAUCACGGCUUUCUCAGCUUUCAGAUACCGUAUGUGGAGUUCUCAGGAGAGGACUACUCCAAUUCCCAUGAUGCUGUGGGGUCGACCCCACCGGCCCAGUCGUUGACCGCUGGUGAAACGUGGUACCGGUGGUACAGUGAAAUGGCAGCUGAUGAGGAGGAAGUGGCUAAAGUGAAGAUGACGUACAAGGCUUAUUUAAAGUGAAUGGCUAAUAAAACAACAACAAAGAGUU